UGACAUUCACCGAGAGCGAAGACCAAGGCUCACAAAUCACCUUCGACGAUUGCGCAACCAAGAUACUCGGAAUCAAAUGGCUCCCUCAAGAAGAUACCUUUGCAUUCUCAACCCGAAGCUCACGCUCGGAAGGCAGACUCACAAAACGCCUCGUCUUAUCUGAAGUGGCUCAGAUACUCGAUCCACUUGGUUUUGCAUCACCUGUCGUGAUCAAGACCAAAAUUCUCUUGCAGGAGCUGUGGCUGCACAAGCUCCAAUGGGAUGAUCCACUGCCAUCCCAGCUCUCAGCCCGGUGGCUCAUCAUCAGAGAAGAACUCACAAGCUUGGCCAAGCUCUCAAUACCACGGUGGCUCAACACAUGGAACGACUCGCAAGUGGAACAUCAUGGAUUCUCUGAUGCUUCUCAAUUGGCAAUGGCUGCAGUCAUAUACAUAUCCGUUCACGACUCAAACGGCGCCACGUUCUCACUUGUGUGCUCCAAGACUAAGGUAGUACCUCGCAAGCGGCUCUCAAUCCCGCAACUUGAACUCACGGCUGUUCUACUGCUGUCUCGACUCAUGCAAUACGUCAAAGCCACUUUGAACAUGGACGUAACGGCAACUCACAUGUGGACGGAAUCUCUAGCGACACUUUCAUGGAUCACCUCUGUGAAAGGCUCAUGGAUCAGAUCUCAUGCAUCACGCUGGAAGGAUUUCGUCAGGAACAGGGUGGCUCAAAUUCAAGAACUCACUCCAGCUGCUCACUGGAGAUACAUACCUGGAACUUCUAAUCCGGCUGACUGCGCAUCACGAGGCCUCACGACCACUCAACUUCAAAACCACGCACUUUGGUGGACGGGACCACCAUGGAUACUCAAACCUGACUCAUGGCCGUCGCAACCAGCACUCUCUGACGAGAUGAGUGCGACAGAAGCUCGCCCAGGCGUUUCGCUAUUGACGGUUACGCCGAGGACUGAAUAUCAAUGGGAACUCAUCUACAGGUACUCACACCUCACGAAAAUAUUGAGGAUUACAGCUCUCUGUUUCAGAUUCGUCUCACGGUUGAGGAAAGUCCACGACUCAUUACCUGUCAGACACAUCUCUCCAGAGACCUUGGAGAAAGCGAGGCUCGUCUGGAUUCAGGCAACUCAAGCAACGUACUUCUCGCACGAGCUCAAGGCAUUGCAGGCCGACUCACCGUUAGCACAGGCGCACGCAUUCAACAGAUUGACUGCGUACAUCGACGCUCAAGGAGUCAUUCGCGUCGGCGGACGACUCGCUCACGCAGCUCGCAUUCGACGCGAUACAUCCUGUUAUGUUGCCUCGUCACUCUCCGCUGUCGUCAUUGAUCAUCGCUCACGCUCAUCAACGGACUCUACAUGGAGGCACGCAGCUCACGCUGUCACACAUCCGACAACGAUACUGGAUUCUCGGCGGGAGGGCCACUGUCAAGUCUCACAUCCUGCGGUGUGUCACGUGUGCUCGUCAGAGGGGGAUCCGUGCUCAUCAAUUGAUGGGCCAACUACCUCUCUCUCGGGUUACGCAGGCACGACCGUUCACUCAUACAGGGGUGGACUACGCAGGGCCGCUCACCGUCAAAACUUGGAACGGAAGAGGCACCACAGAAACAACGAAAUCAAGGUCGGGUCAUUGGUACUCAUCAUCGACGAGCGGCUACCGCCAUGCAAAUGGCCGCUAGCCCGGAUCACGGCUCUACAUCCUGGGAAGGAUGGUCUCGUCCGGGUGGUGACUCUGAAGACACCCACUACCACUCUCAUCCGACCAGUAGUCAAGCUCGCCGUUCUGCCAAUCUCAUCAUAA